UUUGAUUAGUUGAAUUUUGUGUGUUAACGGUAGAGGUUGAAUUCGUGGUGCGCAGUUAACUUAAAUAUUUUGUGAAUUAUAUUUCCUGCGUUCAUUUCUUUAAAUUUAAAAUUUUAGUGUUAAACUUAUUUAUAUUAAUUUAAAUAAAUACAAAGAAAUGUUCAAAUCAUCCGUUCUUAUUGCUGCGUGCCUUUUGGUGUUGGGCGUUCAUUGCGACGACCUCAAAGUUGACGUUGUUAGUGUACCUGAAGUAUGUGACCAAAAAUCUAAGACAGGUGACACACUCACCAUGCAUUACACCGGUACAUUGACGGAUGGAAAAAAAUUUGAUUCAAGUUUUGACCGUGAUCAACCGUUUACGUUCCAAAUAGGCGCUGGGCAAGUGAUAAAAGGCUGGGAUCAAGGACUACUUGAUAUGUGUGUUGGUGAAAAACGUAAAUUAGUUAUUCCACCAGAGUUGGGUUAUGGUGAUCGUGGUGCUGGAAAUGUUAUUCCAGCAAAAGCUACACUCUUGUUCGAUGUGGAACUCAUCAACAUUAGUCAAUCACCACCAGCCACAAAUGUAUUCAAGGAAAUCGAUGAAAACAACGACAAGCAAUUGAGCCGUGAAGAGGUCAGCGAAUAUUUGAAGAAACAAAUGACAGCCGUCGAAGGACAAGAUUCAGAUGAACUAAAGAAUAUGUUGCGUGAAAACGACAAACUAGUAGAAGAAAUCUUCCAACAUGAAGACAAAGACAAGAACGGUUUCAUUUCACAUGAUGAGUUCUCUGGUCCCAAGCACGACGAACUCUAAUCAUUUCACACAUUCAAAACAUUCGCACAAUUUAUUAUGAGAGGACUGACGUCGCGUACUGAUUUUAGACGUGACGCUUGAAAUUAACAAAAUGUCAAAUGAACAAAAAACCUCUUAAAAUCUAAUUUUAUACAAUAUAUGUAAUAUAUAUAAUUUGAAAUUUUGUUAAUAUAAUUCGCUAAGUUCUUCCUCAACUAGAUUUACUCACAAACUAUUUUAAUAAAUUGAGGUUCUACAGUUGUGCUUAAAAAAAUUUAGUUAGUGUUAUUUACCUUCUAUAG